AACUUCUUUAAUUCACAUACAUACACCCAUGGAUACGACAAUAUCACCAAUGUAUAAGCUAUCUAUUCACGAGCAUCCUCUUCUCCCUUCAGCUAUGUUCAUUGACGGGAAAUGUGAUGGUUGCCAGGUAAUAGGACUCAUGUACGGUAGCUACUAUUGCAACGAGGCUAAUUGUUAUUCUUGGUUCCAUAAGGACUGUGCGGAAUCCCCACUAGAGAUCAAUCAUCACCCUUCCCAUCCUGAGCAUCCUCUCUUGCUCACCAAGAUGGCUCCAGAGGAAAGGGGUACUCCAUGUGACUUUUGUGGACAAGAGAUUUUCUCCACAUGUUAUAAUUGUCCCACAUGUAAAUUCAAAGUGGAUUUAAUUUGUGGGACUAAACCAUCGCCGUCUGUUAUCGAACAUCCGGUGUGUCAUGACCAUACACUCGUGUUUUUGAAGAAACGAGUGGAGGAAGAGAAGGCCCCUUGUGAAGUAUGCAAGGAAUCUAUCGAUGGACCUUCAUAUUCAUGUCUUGAAUGCAAUAACGUGUACUUUCACUUGGAUUGUGUUAAUCUCUCAAAAGAGGUAGAUCAUCCUUGCCACUCUAUUCACCCCCUUAUUAAGAUCAUGCCAUCUGAAUCACUUAUAGAUGAUGAUGAUGAUGCGCAGAAGAGUUGUAGUUUAUGUUUCGUUCAACCAAAAAAUGUGCUUUAUCGUUGUUCUAUUUGCAAUUUUACGUUGUGCCUUGGUUGUACCAAACGUCCACCACCUCUUGUUGUUGACGACGCCAAGACUCACACCCAUCCAGUGACGCUCUUUCCGAGUAAAAUCAAAUUUACUUGCAAGGUUGCUGGAAUUGAAAUCGAUAGCUUUUCUUAUAUAUGUCUCAAGUGUGGUUUUAUUGUCUCUGUAUAUUGUGUUGGCUUACCCCGCCUCAUAAACAUCAAUCGUCACGAUCAUCGCAUAGCUUUUACGCAUCAUCUUGGACAUAAGGGUGCAAAUUGUGGAGUUUGUCGGAAAAGCGUACGUCAGUACUACGGAGCUUAUUCUUGCUCGAUUUGCCCUAAGUAUGUAGUUCACUCACGAUGCGCCGCUAAUUAUAGUGCAUGGAAUGGUGUGGAACUCGAAGGGAUACCUGAGACCAGCGAAGAUAUUGUACCAUUUAAAGUGGUGGGUGAUAAUUUGAUACGUCACUGCAUGCAUGAAAAACAUAUUUUACUGCUCUUGAAAGAUUAUUACAUGGUUGGUGACGACUACAAGAGGGUACGAUGUGAAGCAUGCGUCUCACCGAUCGGGUUUGGCCCAGUCUACAGUUGUCAGGAAUGUCGUUUUUUUCUCCACGAAAAGUGUGCUCAUCUUCCUAUGAAGAAAAACCUUGUCUUUAGCCCCAAACCGUACGUGUUGGAGUAUCAAGGCAAGGCUGUAUACUGUAACUUGUGUCGUUUAUUCUCUGGUGGUUUUAAAUACACAAACCAAGAAAGGUGGGCAUAUUCCUUUGUAGAUGUACAUUGUAGUUCCAUUUCUGAGCCAUUCGUCCAUAAUGGCCAUUUGCAUCCCUUAUAUUUUGUUGAAACAAAGGAGAAACGUCCUUGCGAUGCAUGUAGAGGAUUUCGAGAUGGCUACAUGCUCAAUUGUAGUGCUUGUGACUUUGACUUGUGUUUUUAUUGUGCUACUUUGCCUAUAAAGUUAUGGCAUAUAAGUGAUGAGCACCCUCUCACUUUAUAUUAUGGCCGACGUCAGAAGGCGACCCGGCAAAACUGGUGCGAAGUUUGUGAGAUGGAGUUAGAUUCAAGUAAAUGGUUCUUUACAUGUUUUGAUUGUGGGGUCGCUUUGCAUGAUAAAUGCGUACUAGGAGACUUCUCACGUCUCACUCCAAACUAUUCCAUUCACUUUCGGGGAAAAGAAUAUUUAGUGAUUCUUAACAAUCUGAACAGUCGGCCAUCUUGCAGAAGUUGCCACGAUCGAUGCAAGGCCCCAGUCAUCUUACAGGUCAAUGACGAACAUAAUGGAUACAUUUGCUCCAAUUCUUGUUUAUAUAGGGUCAUUUAAAACCAAAACCAAAGAUUAUAGCGAAAGAGAGGCUGGUUUGUUAUUUAUCAAAACGCAAGUUAUGUAAUAAUGUAUUUU